AUGUCCUCUAUCAUUUCCUUAGACAGGCGUCAUAUCGCCAUUUCCCAGCUUGUCAUCUUCUUAAUUAUCCAGAUUGUCCAGUUCUAUACCCGGUUUAUCCAAGAGUGGCGGUACUGGCAUCACAAUAAGCGGAAGAGCUUGCCCCGUUGCAUCUUAUCCUCCUGGAUGGGACUACUGGGUGUCUUGGCCCAGUUUCGAAUUGCCGGAUCUGCAAUGAUCAUCUCAAACAACAACCCCAACCAGUCGAUGCUCAUUGCCGAAAACGUCCUUCAAGGCAUCGGGCUCUCCCCGCUGAUGUUCGAGGUGAGCCUUGUCUUGCUGCGAAGUGGUCAAGCCGGUCGUAAGGGCCCAGGAAACUCAAGAUACCCGAAGCAAAUACGCUUCGCCCUCACGUUGUUCCGAUUCCCCAUCAUCUUCUCGAUCGUGUUGGUGGUGGUGGGAGCGUCCAUACAGAAUCGCAUCUGCAAGAUCGUCGGGUCGAUAAUGCUGCCCAUCGCAUUCGCGUUUGGAUGCGGACUGGCUGUCCUGCUGGCUGUGCAGUACCGGGCUGUUCUCCCGAAAGCUGGUCACCGCUGUGUUUUGUUGGUGCUGGUGGCACUGCCGUUCCUUGUUGUGCGAGUGGCGCAUUUCCUGCUUGCGGAGUUUGGACCGCGAAAAUUCAGUUCUGAGGUAGGUGAUACCGGUGUCACAGUGGGUAUGAGGCUGGUGAUGGAGAUAAUCAUAACGAUGUGUCUCUUGGCUGCUAGAGCCGUGGCAGAGCCAUUCUGGUCGGUGCCUGUUGAGACAGGCAGAGGCCGUUUGACUGGAUGA